GUAAUGAGCUCCAUGAGGAGCUUUACAGGCUGCGGGAAGAGAAUGCCAAGUUGCGUUCGCAGGUUAUGGAGCUCCAGGUGACCUUGGCCACUGGAGUUCUCACUGAACUAUCCAGGCUUCGGGAGGAGAAUGAUGAGCUGAGAAGCAAAGGGGCUGCGGUGGCGGAAAACAUCGUGGGCAAAGGGUGGAAAGGACCAGCUGCCCUGCUGCAAGCGCCAUACGAUCUCUUUGUGGUUUUCUCCAUAAAGGCAGCAGAGAUCAUGGCCUAUUAUGGCUUCUCGUACAUCUAUGUGAGCUAUGUUUCCGAUGAGUAUGGCAUGUCUGACACAGAAGCUGGCAAUCUCUAUGCUGCCUAUGGCUUUGCCUGCACAGGUUUCGGUCUGGUCUUCGGAUUCGUCAUCGAUCGGCUGGGAGUCCGGAGGUCAAUGCUCCUGGGCUGCACAUGCUCUACUCUGUACCGUGCCAUUUGUGGACUCUCAUCUUCCAGGCAACUCAUGUGGUUCGCCACCAUGACCGUAGCGCCCAUGGGCGCGGCCUUCGGGGUGCCCGUCUUGGCGUUAGCCGUGCGGCGCUAUACCCACAGGGAGAAUCGUGCCUUCGCCUUCUCCUUUUUCUAUUCGAUGCUCUGCUUGGGAUGUUUGCUGGGCAGCGUUCUCAUCAACAUCGUGCGUGACAUGAUGAUGGAUGGAGCGGUGAUCCUGGGAGUGAAAAUCAGUUGGAUGCGAAUGGUGCUGGGCCUGUGCACUUUGUGUACCUUCUACACAGUGAUUGCAGCGCUCUUUGUCCGUGACAUUCAGAUCCUCUCAGAUUUGCCCUUGAAGGAUCGAGAGUACUGCAAAUUCAAACCGGGAACCUUCACUGUGAGAGAGACCGUGAAAGAAAUCGUUGGCCAAGCAAAGUUCUGGCGUCUGGCGGCAGUCACCGGCAUCUUCAUAGGUGUUCGCAUGACCUUUCGCCACGUGGAUGCCACGUUCCCCAAAUACUUCAUCCGAACCUACGGCCCUCAGGCACCUUUCGAGAUCAUCUUGGCCAUCAAUCCCAUUGUGGAGAUGAUUGGUACACCACUGAUGACCGGGCUGUUGCUGAAAUGGAAGACUACCUUGACGCAAAAGCUGCUCUGGGGGUCCUUCAUCUCCGGGAUCUCGGUCUUCGCACUGAGCAUCUGGGAGUCCUACCUGGGCGCGGUGAUGUUCGUCCUGGUGCUGUCCCUGGGAGAUACGAUUUGGUCACCCACUCUCUACGAGUUCUCGACCAUGGCAGCCAUUGAGGGCAAGGAGGGAAUGUAUUUGGCCAUCACCAUGGCCCCAAUGUAUUUGGCGGCCCUUCCCGUGGGACUUAUCUCAGGUUGGGCUCUGGCGACAUUUUGCCCUCAAAAUGUACCCGCUGAGGAGCGGCGCUCGCAACUCAUGUGGUUCAUCAUUGGAGUCACAGGCUUCAUUUCCCCGGUGGCUCUAUGGAUCUUCCAGAAGCGCCUCAUCUUGCCGGAGGAUGAGCAUCCUCAGGACAAGGAGGAUGACGAUGGCGAAGGGGAAAUUCGGCAGACUCGGAGGCUUCGCGAUGCUGGAGAAGGAACGACGCCACACAAGAUCCCUGCUGUCGAAGGGGAUACCUGGUGCUACGGGUGCGCCGGCUGGGAAGCCAUCGGGCGCGAGCUAUCAGGAUCCUGGGACGGGCAGGGAGCCCGGAGAGUGGCGAACGACCUGGUCGUGAACGCGGCCAGACAGGUCCGAGCUCUUCGCUCGCUGUCGGCUGGACUUGCGAGGGAGAGCGGGCCAACUGGUGGUGCUGGGGAGACCCGUGCGCCAAAACGCGCGGCCAGUGAGGAUCGCCGAGAAGAACGCAAGAGCUUGCCGAGGAGGAGAUCGUCAGGGCACGCCGCCCCCAAGGAGGAACAGGAAAGCGAAGAAGAGGAGGACCCAGCAGAGGAGACUGACGAGGAGGACAGAAGAAGGAGGUCCAAACGCAGCCCGGAAGGGCCUGAGAGGAGCAGGGGAGGACACCGCCGUCCACCAGAACCUGAUCGCUCUCCAGUUCCACCUGGGACUACAUCUAUCCGUGCUUCCCUGAGUCGUGCUGACAAGAGGCCAGCUGACAAAAGGAGCAUCACCCUCAGCGACGCCACGCCCACGGGACACGUCGUCGGGGAGGAAAUUUCUUUGGACGAAGAUUCAGAGGAAUGGAGUGCCCUUCAUGUGGAGCCGGGCGCAGUUUUGGAAGUUGCGCUGGAAGCCACAAAUCUUGGGGUCACAGACGAAAGUUGGGCCGCUUUCUUUGUAGAGAAACUGGAGAAUCGUCUGGACGGUUCCUACCUUCUGACAACCGAGUGGUUGGGAGUCGAAUCAGACAGCCUUGUCUCUCUUUUAGAAGCUUUCUUCGGAGACGGAGUGCCCAAACUACAUCUGUGUCCAAGCAAACCGUGCAUGGAAGCUGGGUUUGGCGACGCGCUGGCUCCGGCCGUGUUGCACGUCACCCGCAUCCGCUGGUGGAGACCAGACAACUUCAAAGCAGAUUAUUUGGGCCGCAACGAGAUGGACCACUUGAAGAAGUUGUGGAAAGAUUUGAAAAAGGCUACCGCGCCAAAGCGGCCUCGAAAAGCCAAGGCUGAUGCUGGCGCUGGAAAACCUCCAGGCGCCGAAAAAGCAAAAGCCAAGGCGGGCCCAGCAAAGAAAUCGCCCCCUGUCAAGGAGACAGAGAAGAUGACAAAGGCCGACAAGGACAAGCUGCGGGCAAGGUUGGAGAAAGUCAGGCAACGCCACCAUGGUACACCUGGGGAUCCCCGGGAUGUCGAAGAAGUGCCAUCAGGCUCGGACCACUCUGGCGACGAUGGCAAGGAGGAGUUGAGUCAAGGUUACUCACCAUCAGAAGUCCUGGACACAGGCACCCUGUUGAGGAAGAAGACCCAUCGUGGGAGAGACUCCAAGGACCACGACAAAAAGGCCCGGGAGAUAGUCCCAUACGUGGGUUCAAGAGGAGAUGGUACGAAGAGCUUGAAUGGACAGUUGGUGAACCGGGCGCUGGCGAUCGGCCGGGCGCGCCACGAGGAACGCAAGAAGAAGAAAAAGAAGGGUUCGGCCGAGGCAGGACUGGAAGUCUUGCGGAAGUUGCUGAACCCAGACAGCAAGAAGAACAAGAAGGACAAGAAGAACAAGAAAGAGAGAGAUGGAGAUGGCGACAAGAAGAAGAAGCGCAAGAAACGGAGGUUGGAGAAUGGGGUGAUUGUGAGCUCCAGCAGGAGCUCUUCAGAUACCUCGGAUCUGGAGGAGGACGAGGAAGCCAGUUCGGAGGAGACAGAACUGGAGGCGCCGAUGAAAAAGAAGUCCAGAGCCAAGCCGGGUUCAGUGCUGGUGAUGCUUACCGAGCACAUCCGUGCGCAGAUGGACCAGGAGGGGGCGACAGAGCUUCCCCGAGAAGAGAAGAAGGUGGUCUCGGGGGUGAAGGUGGUGUCAUAUUUCCACCAACAUAUAAAAGCCACCUACCCUACACAGAUGAGAGAACUCCGCGAGAUGUACACCUUGAGUGCAGCGCUGGACUUGCUUCGCCGCGGGGACCUGGCAAAGCUGGGGGACACCCUUGCUGCCAGGUUCAUGGCGAUUCACCAGGCGUUGCUGGACCAGAACUGGACGACGGCAAGACACAUGGAGCUGUAUCCGCUGGAAGACGCUUCCGCUGCGGCAGCUUCGUUGGUCCUGGCGUCCAGAAAGCACUCAAAGCUGGUCGAGAAGGUGCAGGGCAAAGGAGGUCCAGGAUGGCCCUCAUGGGGGGCCAAGGGACGCCCACGUGGAAAGGGCGACUGGGCCGAGCAUGGAGACGGAGGACAAGCCAGAGGGGGCGAAGCGAACCCUCCGGCGACUGAGCUGCUGGCGAAGGCCGUGCAGUUAUCAGAUGAGUAUUUGCAGCAGAUCAGCCUGGCUGACAUUUUUGAGUCAUGCCGGGACCUGGAUUCGUGUGGGUGCGUGCUGGCAUGGGGCCUUUGCAACGCCAAACAGAUCUCACGAGCUCAGGGGUGUAGCCGUUUUGAGGAUGGCAUCUUCAGUGCCGAUGCGUGGCCCAGGGCUCGGCGUGCGCGUCAGGCCCUUCCGCUAUGCGAGGGAGACUUCACUGAAUUUAUUAACUUGAUGAUGGCAACACCUCUGGAUCAGAUCCGUGAGGUUCAAUGGCUCCGCACCUGGAAUCACACAGCAUGGAAGCUGGUGGCAUGUUAUGCCUGCAAUGCGCUGAUGGGGGCUGCCAGUCCCUUGCCCAGCGGCCGCUGGUCGAAAGCCGAGCGGAAGCUAGUGGGUGCCGUGGGCUCAGCGGUCGACCGACUGCUCGGCCACGGCCAUGCAGCACCGGCGGACCCAUGGCUGGUUGAAAAAGAGCUGAACGGGAGGCCUGCCAUGUCCUUUUUGGAGUCAACAUGGGAGUUUAUUGCAAAGAAGGGUUUGAACCUUCACCUGGUGAAUCGAGUGAGGCGAGAACUGUUCAAUUGCAUGUGCUCGGUGCCCUUCCUGCACACUUUUCUGGGGGCGUCGGUGGCAGGAGUCACAACGGCCAGUGACGCAUCAAACAGCGGUGGAGCCGUUGGAAUUGCAAAGUCACUCACAGCUGCCGGGCAAGACUAUGUGACGACCCUGGCAAACUUUCCCCGGCCUCGCCGUGUGCCGGUACUGGUGAUCUCUUUAUUCAAUGAGAUAGGCGGUGCCCUGAGAGCCUAUGACGUGUUGAGUGUAGUCCCUAUGGGAGCUGUUGUGUUUGAAAUUCAUCCUCCAGCCAACCGAGUCACUAUGAAGAGGUGGCCACAUGCAGAAAUAUGUGGCGAUGUCCGAAGUCUAGAUGAGGUGAUGAUUCGCAACUGGCUGGAUAAAUAUAUCCCCUUGCGAGAGGUACACCUAUGGGCAGGUUUUCCUUGCAAUGACCUGUCAUCGGUCAGAGCUGGACGUCAAGGGCUUCAAGGACCUGGUUCAGGCCUCUUUUGGGAGGUGGUAAGGAUCAAGCGGCUUUUGGAGAAAGAACUGCCACCUCACGUAGCCCUCAAAUACGUGGGGGAGAACGUGGCCUCCAUGGAUAAGGAGCACUGUGAGGAAAUCUCCAGUGAGCUGGAAGUCAGACCUUAUCACCUCAACCCUUCAGGCGCCGUGCCAAUGCAGAGGCCCAGGCUUUGCUGGACAUCCGAGGAGAUCGAGGGUGCCGUGGAAGGGAUCACCUUUGAAGAGAAAACGCACCGGACAGAGAUCACAGCAACCGCCCCAUAUCCCACCACUGGUAAGGCCGAAGGACCUUUUGAUAGGAACACCUUUGCCCAUCACAUCAAGAGGUUCAACCUGGAGACUCACAGGUUCCGACCUUAUAGCCUCAGACGAGGUUUGCGUUUCUCUGCGAAGGCCCGGGACAUGCUAGCAGAGUGGAGUCCUGAGCAGCAACUGAGAUGCCCAUCCCUCUACCUCCCUCGCUUGCUUUUUUGCUUGGAAGGAAAGACCCCUGCCAUGGGG